AUGAACAUUGCUAGCGCCUUGACUGGUGGCUUUGCAGAGGAUAUUGGUGUCUCGUUGGAUACCGUCAAUGCUGGCAACCAGAUGAUGUUUGCUGGUAUUGUGCUGUUGGAAAUUCCAUCCAACCUUGCCCUUCAAAAGCUCGGACCAAGGAAAUGGAUCGCAGGUCAAGUCCUGGCGUUUGGUACUGUGGCCUCACUGCAAAUCUUCAUCCAUAACAAGGCCGGGUUCCUGGCCUCUCGGCUCAUACUCGGCUUCUGCGAAUCUGGCUACAUCCCCGGUGCCAUCUACACCCUCUCAACAUGGUAUGCCAAGCGAGAAUUGGCCAAGCGGGUUGCUAUUCUGUUCUUUGGCAUGUUUGGCGCGAAUGCAAUUAGCCCAUUGUUGGCCACCGGCAUCCUGAAAUUGGACGGUGCUGGGGGCUUGCAUGGAUGGCAAUGGCUCUUUCUUCGCCUGAUCAGGUUUGAUUCGAACGACCGCGAUAUUCUCCAGAAGAGGCUCGAAAGGGGCGAUAAUGAAAAGAAGGGAGGUGCGCAGGGAAUGGAAAUUCCCCUGCAGCUGGUGUGGAAGACUGUCACCCAUUAUCGGCGGUGGCCACAUUUCAUUUCUACCUUUUGCCUGUUCUCAACAUGGAGUUCGUUGACCACCUACACACCUUCCAUCUUGAAAUCCCUGGGCUGGGACACUAUUGCUGCGAAUGCUUUGGCUGCCGUUGGUGCUUCCCUUUCGCUGGUCUUUGUCUUCAUCUUUGCAUACAUCAGUGACAAAACCAACCUCCGCGGUGGCACUGUCAUCCUUGCACAGGUCUGCUUUCUGAUCACGCUGAUCGUGGCAAGAGAAGUCCAUCCACAUGUCGGCCAAUGGUCCCGAUGGGCUUUGUGGACAGCUGUCAACGCGCUGGCCGUGGGGUAUCACCCUGUCCACAACACAUGGCUCCAACUCAACUGCAGAAGUCCAGGUGAACGGAGUAUAAGUAUUGCGUGA